AUGGCGUCCCUUCGCUUUUUGCUCUUGCUCCUGGCAGCCGGCGCUGUUGCCCAGGUCCAAUUUCCCGUCUCGCGGCAUCGCGCUCCUCUCACCAGCACGCCAAGGCGUCAAGUACAGACCAAGACCAAUUUUGUUGCUGAUGUCCUCGAUUACGUCGUCAAUGUUACCGUCGGCAACCCACCUCAGGAAAUCUCCCUGGCCCUCGACCUCUUCUCCUACAACACUUGGGUGCCUGACAGGGAAGAAUGCGAUGGCAACAUCUUCCUGAGCGGCUGCGACUACGGCAGCUUUGACACCUUCUCGUCUAAGACGUUUAUCCGCGAUGCCGUCGACAGCUUUGACGAGUACUAUGCCUCGGGGAACUAUGUUCGCGGUGACGACAUUCGCGAGACCAUUUCCGUCGGCGACACGGACAUUACGAACCUGACCAUGGGACUUGGCCGCCAGACCGACCUCAGCCUCGGCCGCCUUGCCCUUGGCUACAACGCGUCCUAUGGCACGCCCUCGUUCCUCGACCGCAUGACCGAGAUGGGCCUCAUCAACUCGACGGCCUUCAGCCUCUGGACCGAAGACGAAGACACUGCCUCCGGCUCCUUGCUCCUCGGCGCCGUCGACGCGAGCCGCUACACCGGCCGGCUUCAGCGCUUCCAGGUCUACAAGUACGCCAUGCAAUACGUCGGCUUCUACGCCCUGGUUGCCUCGAUCAACGGCUCGCGCCUUGACACGGAGAACCGCAUCCUGCAGCCGCUCGCCAACCUCGGCACGAGCACGUACAUUGCCGUCUCACCUCCGACCCUCCUGUCGAACCUACCGUGGGGCAUCGCCGAGCGUAUCUGGGAGCUGGCACGCGCCGAGGUCGACUACUAUAGCGGCCAGGCCACCGUCCCCUGCGCGUGGCGAGACAACAUGACCGGCCAGGUGGCCCUCGAGCUCGGCGGCGUGGGCGGCUACGCGCUGACCGUUGACCUCAAGGAUCUGAUCAUUCCUGCCGACGUUUGGCCUAUCGACUCAAACAGCUGGUACCUGGAGGAUGGAGAGGAGGCAAACCCGUUGUGUUUACUCGGCAUCCAGAGCCAGAACACGUCGUCGGGAUCCGCCAAUGACGCUAAUGACAGCGACUGGGUCAUUGGGGGUUCCUUGCUCAAGAACACGUAUAGCGUGUUCGACCUGGCCAACGAGGAACUGGCCAUGGCGCCUUUAUCUUCGGGAGGUGACAGCCAGCCCGACAUUGUUUCGUUCGAUUCCUAUGGCGCUGUCGUCCCCAGCUCCGACGAGGUCGGAGAGCGUUCCUGCUGGUCGUACCAGCCGUGCAGCGGUAUGGGGCCUGGCAGUGGCAACGACGGGGAAUACCAAUCUGGCUUGCAGGACUGGCAAAAGAUUGCCAUCGGCGCCAGUCUAGGCGGCACGGGUCUGAUCAUCGCGGCGCUGGCAACCUGGGCGAUCGUGCGGUGCCGUCGCGUGAGGAAGGAGGAGGCCGAGCUGGGCAAGAUUGAACAUCCUCCUGGCAUGCUGGUUGUUGGCCGUGCGGGGCUCCCCAAGGUGCCAGCUGCUGCGGCGGCGGCGACAACGGGCGUGGAGGCCGAACAGCCACCGCCCCCUCUUCCUGCGAGGCCUGCAGCGGCGCCACCUGCGGGUGAUGCAGCCGUGCCUAUUGUGGUUGGGGAGCAGCCAGAGAUGUCGGAGAAGCAGAGAUCCAAGCAGCCAGCUAUGCCGGAGGAAGCAGAUGUCGCUAGUUCGAGUGUUGUCCGAGAGCCUGAUGCCGCCCAUGUGCCGAGGGCAAAGUCCCCAGCUCAGGGGUAG